AUGAUGGCCAGCUACCAGGACCCCGAGGAGGACCCCGUAGCCCUGAUGGCUCAUGACACCAACGCCAGCAAGGAGGCCGAGCGAGCCAAGGACGAGCUGAGUCCGGAGAAGGGGGCCGAGAAGCCGGACCCCUCUCAGAAGCCCCCCUACUCCUACGUAGCUCUGAUCGCCAUGGCCAUCCGGGAGAGCGCCGAGAAGCGGCUCACGCUGUCCGGCAUCUACCAGUACAUCAUCAGCAAGUUCCCCUUCUACGAGAAGAACAAGAAGGGCUGGCAGAACAGCAUCCGCCACAACCUGAGCCUCAACGAGUGCUUCAUCAAGGUGCCCCGCGAGGGGGGCGGCGAGCGCAAGGGCAACUACUGGACGCUGGACCCGGCCUGCGAGGACAUGUUCGAGAAGGGCAACUACCGACGGCGGCGGAGGAUGAAGAGGCCCUUCAGGCCGCCCCCGACCCACUUCCAGCCGGGCAAGACCCUCUUCAGCAGCGACAGCUACGGCUACCUCUCCCCGCCCAAGUACCUGCAGUCCGGCUUCAUGAACAACUCGUGGCCACUGGCCCAGCCGCCCGCGCCAAUGUCCUACGCCUCCUGCCAGCUGGCCGGCGGCAACGUCAGCCCAGUCAACGUGAAAGGACUGUCGGCCCCGGCCUCCUACGGCCCCUACUCCCGGGUGCAGGGCAUGGCCCUGCCCGGCAUGGUGAACUCCUACAACGGCAUGAGCCACCAUCACCACCACCCGCAGCAGCUCAGCCCCGCCAGCCCCGCGCCGCCUGCCCCCCCGGCCCCCAACGGAGCCGGCCUCCAGUUCGCCUGCGCCCGCCAGCCCGCCGAGCUCUCCAUGAUGCACUGUUCCUAUUGGGACCACGACAGCAAACACAGCGCCUUGCACUCCCGGAUAGACAUCUAG